CUCUGUCUCAAAAAAACAAAACAAAACAAAACAAAACAAAAAAUGAACAAACUGAAAAACCAGCAGCUCUUUUUCAGUUCAUUGGAAAAUGAGGUCGCAGGGUCAUCUGCUGCCCCCAGACUGGACAGACAGAAAGGCAGACACAGAGAAUCAUGAUUUGCCAGAGCAGAAACCUUCCCUGGAAUCAGUACCUGGGUGGGAAAGCCUGAACUGCCACUGACGAAUACCUGGCAGCGUGGAUGUGUGCUGCUGGUUAACGUUAGGUGGCCGCUGGACUGGAGUAAGGGAUACCUAGAGAAUGGUGAAGCAUGACUUCUGGGUGUGUAUGUGAGGGCAUUUCCAGAGGAGAUUGGCGUGGGAGUCAGUGGACUGAGUGGGGAAGAUCUGCUCUCAAUGUGGGUGGCACCAUGCAGUUGGUUCAAAGCUUGAAUAACACAAAAGAGGAGAAAAGAUUUUCCUCUCUCUCUCUCUCUCUGUCUCUCCUGGAACUGGGAGGUUCUUCUCCUCCUGCCCUUUGGAUAUCAAAACUCUAGGCGGUUCCACCUCGGACUGAGAAUGACUGCAGUGACUACCCUGGUUCUGAGGCUUGCAGACUUGGACUGAGCCACGCUACUGGCACCCCUUGCAGAUGGUCUGUCAUGGGACUUCUCAGCCUCCAUUAAUUGCCUCACCAUGGCCAAACAGCUGCAGGCCCGAAGGCUAGACGGGAUCGACCACAACCCCUGGGUGGAGUUUGUCAAACUGGCCAGUGAGCAUGACGUCGUGAACUUGGGCCAGGGCUUCCCGGAUUUCCCGCCCCCAGACUUUGCUGUGGAAGCCUUUCAGCAUGCUGUCAGUGGAGACUUCAUGCUCAACCAGUACACCAAGGCAUUUGGUUACCCACCGCUGACGAAGGUCCUGGCAAGUUUCUUUGGGAAGCUUCUGGGUCAGGAGAUGGACCCGCUCAGGAAUGUGCUCGUGACUGUCGGUGGCUAUGGGGCCCUGUUCACAGCCUUCCAGGCCCUGGUGGAUGAAGGAGAUGAGGUCAUCAUCAUCGAACCCUUUUUUGACUGCUACGAGCCCAUGACAGUGAUGGCAGGGGGUCGCCCUGUGUUUGUGCCCCUGAAGCCGGGUCCCAUCCAGAAUGGAGAACUGGGUUCCAGCAGCAACUGGCAGCUGGACUCCAUGGAGCUGGCCAGCAAAUUCACAUCACGCACCAAAGCCCUGGUCCUCAACACCCCCAACAACCCCCUGGGCAAGGUGUUCUCCAGGGAAGAGCUGGAGCUGGUGGCCAGCCUGUGCCAGCAGCAUGAUGUGGUGUGUAUCACUGAUGAAGUCUACCAGUGGAUGGUCUACGAUGGGCAUCCUCACAUCAGCAUUGCCAGCCUCCCUGGCAUGUGGGAACGGACCCUGACCAUUGGCAGCGCCGGCAAGACCUUCAGCGCCACUGGCUGGAAGGUGGGCUGGGUCCUGGGUCCAGAUCACAUCAUGAAGCACCUGCGGACCGUGCACCAGAACUCCAUCUUCCACUGCCCCACGCAGAGCCAGGCCGCAGUAGCCGAGAGCUUUGAGCGGGAGCAGCUGCUCUUCGGCCAACCCAGCAGCUACUUUGUGCAGUUCCCGCAGGCCAUGCAGCGCUGCCGGGACCACAUGGUACGCAGCCUACAGUCAGUGGGCCUGAAGCCCGUCGUCCCCCAGGGCAGCUACUUCCUCAUCACAGACAUCUCAGACUUCAAGAGGAAGAUGCCUGACUUGCCUGGAGCUGUGGAUGAGCCCUAUGACAGACGCUUUGUCAAGUGGAUGAUCAAGAACAAGGGCUUGGUGGCCAUCCCUGUCUCCAUCUUCUGCAGUGUGCCACAUCAGAAGCACUUUGACCACUAUAUCCGCUUCUGUUUUGUGAAGGAUGAAGCCACGCUCCAGGCCAUGGACGAGAAGCUGCGGAAGUGGAAGGCGGAGCUCUAGCCCUGAAGUCAUACCUUGGCCCUGACAUCCCCACCUGCCCGCAGAGAUACUCUUGGGUGUCUGUCUUUGUCCAGGUUUCAGACAUUUCCGGUCGGGGAAGAUGCUGUUGGGAAACCUCUUCUCUGUGACACAGAAUGUUCUGGGUGGGAGCCGCCCUUCUUCAUCUUAGAGAACCAAGUGCCUCCUGUCUGAAAGGUGAGGGCGGCCUGACCUGGGCCUCUCUCGGCUCCUCUGUAGGUGGAUUUGUAGGGUCUUGGGUUGCUUCUGGUCUCUCCAGGCUUGGCCGAGACCAACAGUAGAGUCCCACCGUGUAUCGAUCACAUCCCAGCCCUGCAUGGGCCCUGCUAAGGCUCAGGCAUAACCUCACCUUUCCUGGCUCAUCUUGGCCUUGGGGAUUUGCCUUUAGACUUGAGUGCUCAAGCCACUCCUUUUCAUCCAUAAUAAAAUGUUUAAGUUAUUCAAA